UGUUCUAUUAGUUCAUCAAUGCGCCACGACCCAUCAGCCAUCUGGGCUCAUCUCAACACCGUACUCCCAUACCUUAAAACACUGAACCCAGAUGUAACCACACUGCAUGUUAUCAGUGAUGGGCCUACCACCCAGUAUAGGUCCAAGAAAAACUUCUUUUUUUUGAGCAAAAUCCCCUUUCAGAUGGGAUUUAAAAGGACCACGUGGAACUUCCUGGAGGCAGGACAUGGCAAAGGCCCAGCUGAUGGGAUUGGUGCAGCUGUUAAAAGGCAGGCUGACUCACUAGUGGCAAACGGCAUUGAUCUUCCAAAUGGAAGGGUGCUGUAUGAGCAACUUUCAAAACAGCCAUCUACUGUGAAACUGAUGUAUGUCACUGAGAAGGAGAUUGAGGAAAUGGAUAGUCUCCUUCCUGAUGCCCUGCAGACUAUCCGGGGCACAAUGCAGAUACAUCAGAUUGUCUCUGCAAGACCAGGAGAGAUAUCUUGGCGUAUUCUAAGCUGCUUCUGCUCAGAACCCCAUCUUUGCAAAUGUUUUGGUCCUCAGACAGUAUACACGGAGGCUGGCGCUGAGAAUCCUGCAUCCACAAGCACAUCUGUCACAACAGCUCAGUCCAUUGCAGACAUUCAUGAAGGACUGAUUGGAAAAUGGUGUGUGGUCACUUAUGAUGGGGAUCCUUAUCCAGGCAUCAUACAAGAUGUUGGCUCUGACAGCUGUGCUCUGGUGAAAACCAUGAGUCUUGUUGGCAGAAACAGUUUUUUCUGGCCAAUGAGAGAGGACGUGAUCUGGUAUCAACCUAAAGAUGUUGUCAGACUGGUACCAGAGCCUCAGCAAGUGACAAAGAGGCAUGUGAUGUUGGAUCCCACAGUUUGGGCAGAAAUAUGUUCUGCUCUUGACUAUGACGGAUAAAGGCAAGGUUCCAUAUGCAAGUCUGACAGUUUGUGAGUUAAUUGGCUAUAUACAUAUGCAUAACAACUACAAAAUACGUAUGUUGAAAAGUUUGAUUUAGCGUAGUUAAACAUUCAUUUAAUGUUGGUAUUGGAGAGAGUAUUAGUUUAAAAAAUGCAUAUGAUAAAAAGUGCAAGGCAGCUAGCACACAGGUUUUACAGCAAUCACAUGACAUUUUAUGACUAUGAAUUUUUCUAUUGUGUGCUAGAACUGUAACAAGUUUUACAGGGAUGAUAUGAGCUGGUAAGGCUACCAGCUUGGCAUGGCCCAGCAUGGACCUGCUACAGCUCAAAAUGAGAGGGGAGUAAGGUCCAACAAUGUGAGGACAUACUGUGUACUGUAAGAGUCAGGUUGUGUUAAAUGAUGUGUUUGGAUUAGAAAGUCUUUGUCAGUUUCAAAUCGUUACCGUUUCAACAUUUUUUGGAUGGAAAAACCUAUGGUCUGAAUUUGAUUGCCAUGAAAUGAAGUAUUGUAGUUUUGUGUGUAGGUUUUAGCACAUAGAGAGCAGGGAAGGAGCAAUUGUCUACCAUCUAAAUGUGCAUUAAUAAAAUGUUACAAUGUUAAGACUGAUGUUACUUUGUUUUAAUAAUAAAAGUGAACUUUGUUCAGCAAUGUUGGUUGUCACAUGUCAUUUCCAACACGUGCUGUCUUUUCCACCACGCAAUGUCAUUUCCAUCA